AUGGAGGUUUCGGUGAACUCCUUUAGAACAACGGGACUAUUUCCGCUUAAUAGAAAUAUUUUCCGAGAUCAUGAUUUCUCAGUGUUCGAAGUUGAGGAGAAAUUAACAGUCCCUGAAGAUACUGUAAGUCGUCCUCCACCGGGAUCUUCCACAGAAUCUAGAAACAUUGAAUAUACUUCAGGAAAAUCAGAAGGUAUCAGUUGCAUUAAAACAGCUUUAGAUAAUCCCCGUCCAGGAACUUCCAAAGAUUCUAGCGAUAUUGAGGAUGCCGCAGAUGAUCCACGGCCGGGAAAUUCAAAAGAGUCCAAUGAUCAGGGGGCUGUAAAUAGUUCUCGUAAAGCCGUCAAAUACCUUUCAGAACCUACAAAGCUUGUCAGUCCAGUGCAGAUAAAACCUCUUCCCAAAAUAAAGAGCAAGAAGCCCAGUGCUCGUGCAGGCAGUGCAGCAUUGAUUACCUCAUCUCCUUACAAAGAUGAUUUAACAGAAAGUUUGGAUAAGAAACGUAAAAAGGAAGAUUCCGCAAAACAUAGCAAAGUUACAUCAGUUACAAAGAAGGUUAAGUUUGACGAUGCAAGGGAAGCAAAGUUUCGCAAACCAAAAAGUACUAAACGGUUUAAAAAGAAGAGGGCCGAUUUAAGUGACAGCUCAACUGAUGAAAGCGAUGACUUGGGAGAAGUUGUUGUUGAUGAUGAGAGUGAUGGUGACGAAAAUUAUGACGCAGAAUGCCUCUUCUGCACAAGCAUGUAUUCUGCAGACAAGCAUGGUGAACAGUGGGUUAGGUGUACUGUGUGCUACAGAUGGGCCCAUGAAGAUUGUGGUGCAGAAGAUCCUAUCUUUGUGUGCCCAAUGUGUGAAAAAAGACAGAAAAAGUAA